CUACCACCCCGCUCCCCGCCAUGGCAGCACUCCUCCUCCUCCCGCUCGUCCUCGCCGCCAGCCUAGGCUUGGGCAAUGCCGACCCGGCUCCGGCCACCAUCGUGCACAAGGACGGCACGACCUGCACCCUCUGCGCGUCCUGCGACAAUCCCUGCAACCCGUCCUACUACUACCCGCCGCCGUCCCCUCCCCCGGCGCCGGUCACCACGCCCUGCCCGCCCACCACGCCGUCCUACCCUUCCCCCUCCGGCGGAGGCGGAGGCCCCGUCAUCUACUCGUCCCCGCCACCUCCUGCUGCUUCCGGCGGCGGCGGCGGCCUUGGUGGCGGAGGCUUCUACUACCCGCCGCCUACCGGCGGAGGCGGCGGCAGUGGCGGUGGCGCGUCGCAGCAGGGCGGUGGUGUGUACCCGACGGCGCCGCCGCCGCCCAACCCGUUCCUGCCCUACUUCCCCUUCUACUUCUACAGCCCGCCGCCGCCGUUGCACUCCGGCGCGCGGGCCGUGACCGCCGCCUCGCUGCUGCCGGUGCUCCUCCUCACAAGCAUGCUGCUGCUGCUGUGUCAGACGCCGUGAGGGGUCCAGAUCUGCAGAGCGAGCCAUCAUUCAAUGCGUGCUGCACCUGCAUGCAUGCAUGCGCUGUUUCUAGUUUCUACAAGGCGGUGAUCGAUCCAGCUGGCGAUUCAAUUGUGGUUGGGGGUGGCCUGUGUAUUCUACCGGUACUAAAUUGUAAUUGUUGUUUUUUUUUACGAUUCGGUUCAUUUCCUCGUC